AUGUCACGACCAGCAUCGUCUUUCCUUCAGCGUUUCUCUGAAGUAUACAAAACAGUCAGGUUUCCAUGGAAGAAGCACGCUCUAGUAGGCAAAGACCUCGAAGGCAACGAGUACUGGGAAAUGCCCAAUCCACUAGAUCUUACUAUGCGCAUAGGUGGUCGCGUUAAGCGUUGGGUGCAGAUGAAGGACCACGAUGACAUGACCUUGCUGGAACAGUCGCAUUUACCAGUACAAUGGCAUGCCUGGUUGCGCCAUACUCGACCUACUCCUCCAAGUAUUCAAGAAUUAGUAAUGGAAGAGAGAAGAAAGGCAAUUGUCCAAGGAAGGGCCAAGAAAUUAGAUGAUGCUUGGGCAGAGCGUAAGCUUCAGAUUGAACGAGAAGAGGCCGCAGAACCUGCCAAAAUGAUCGAAAGAGGAUCUCCGCCAGAAGAUGCCUCAGUUGAAGAUGCAUCUUCCACCAAAAAAACCUCUCGCCCGACCGGACAGGGAGAUACAUUUGUACCCGGAGAAUGGCAACCCAACGCACCAAGAAGACGAUAA